AUGAUUAUUAAUAUAUUAUACCCAGUUUGUGUUACCAUGAUAAUAGUUGUUUUAGCAAUAAGAUCAAUUUCAAAUUUUAAAAAUGGAUCUUCAACAGUUACUUUAACGAGCUCGCUGGAUAAUUCAGAUGGGGCAGGUUCUUCAAACGCAGGUGGGGCAGAUACAAUGGUUUUCGAUUCUCUUGUAAACUCUUUAAUUUUUUUAGCUGUCAUAAUAUUAAGUACAACUAUUAUGGUAGUUUUAUAUAAAUUCAAAAUGAUGAAAGCACUAUAUGCUUGGUUAAUGGGAACAUCUAUUCUUUUAUUAGGGGUUUUUGGUGGUUUUUUGUUUUUAGUAAUGUUAGCAUAUCUUAAUUUAGGACUAGAUUAUAUUACAUUUGUUAUUGUAGUUUGGAAUUUCAGUGUUGGUGGUAUUGUAUGUAUAUUUUGGUAUGCCCCAAAAAUAAUGAAUCAAGGAUAUUUAAUAAGUAUUAGUGUUUUAUUGGCAUUAUUUUUUUCAAGACUUCCAGAUUGGACUACAUGGGGAAUUUUAACUGUAGUUUCAAUUUAUGACAUCUUCGCAGUAUUAUGUCCUGGUGGACCAUUAAAAAUUCUAAUUGAAACCGCUCAGAAAAGAGGAGAAGAAAUACCCGCAAUGGUAUAUAAUGCAAGUGUAUAUGUUGAAUCAAAUGUAGACUCUCAAUCAGAAUCUUCACAAAAAAGAAAGCAAUCAAUUAGAUUAGGAUUAGGUGAUUUCGUUUUCUAUAGUGUUUUAAUUGGAAAGGCUGCUUCAUAUGAAAUUAUUACUGUUUUCACUGUUUUUAUUUCUAUAAUCACUGGUUUAUUUUUAACAUUAUUUUUAUUGGCUGUUUUUAAAAAAGCAUUACCUGCUUUACCGAUGAGUAUUAUUUUAGGUAUUGGUGUAUUCUUUUUAACAUUUAAAAUAUUAAUACAGUACAUAUAUUUCUUGGGAUCAAAUCAAAUUUUUGUAUAG